AUUAAAUUUUGAUUAUCCUAUUUUGUUUAUAUUGUGAUCCGGUUGGUUCAAUUCAGUCUGGUUGGUUCAAGUCAAAUUUGAAAUCCAACCGCGAUCGGUCCUAGAUAUGUACUCUUGACUUCAUUUUUUAUUCUCUGAGUACCUCCUUCUCCUUCAUUCCUACAGAUCUCUAUUAAAAUGCAUAAUUAGCUUAAAACAUAGAGCUUGUUUGACAUAUAUAUAAUGCAAGUGGUCAGCAAGUCCUGAGCAGAGUCUAAGCUUGAAUUGCAAAACAGAAAAUUUUGACUAGACAAACUACAGAUGAGCAGCAAGAUGCAAGAACACCCUCCUGCAUUCCUGCCUACUGCUGCCCAUCAGCUUACAAGUUCACAAACUCAUGUUUCUCAUGGUUGACCUUCUCACCAUACAUGUUACUAGAAAUUGAUUACCUUACAAGAAUAUCCCAGCUGUGUGGGUUGACCUUCUCAUUAUUUGACUUGUAUUUCAUAUUAAGUUGUACCUGGACAGCUGUAUGCUUGUCUUUGGUCAAUUAAGUAUGCACCAUUUGAGCUUUAUAUAAAUCAAUCCAACAGAACAAACUAACUCAUCCAUUAAGCAAGCAAUGCCUGAAUCCCAGCAGGGUUGCAUACAACUUCCUGUGUUCGACAUUUCUCAGCCUUUAAGCCCAUCAUCUCUCUCCUCUCUCUCUUUAGCUUGCAAAGAAUGGGGUUUCUUCCAUAUAAUCAACCAUGGUGUUUCCAAAAAUCUUUACAAGAAACUCCAUUCUCUCUCGGAUAAUCUCUUCAGCCUCCCUUAUGAGUCCAAGAUCAAAGUUGGCCCGUCGUCCUCUCUCAAAUCUUACACCCCUCAUUUCAUUGCAUCUCCUUUCUUUGAAAGUCUUAGAGUUUCUGGACCUGACUUCCAUGCUUCUGCACGAAGUUCUGCAGAACUUCUCUUCGACCAUCCAAACCCAGAAUUCAGUGACACACUGCAAGAAUAUGGGAACAAGAUGUCUGAACUAUCUAAAACAAUAGUUAAGGCAGUGCUGACGAGCUUGGGAGAAGAUUUUGAGACGAAAUUUUACGAAUCUGAUUUUAAAAAGUGCAAUGGAUACCUGAGAAUAAUAAAAUAUACAGCACCUGCAGAGAGCUUAGAAGAAGAAAAAGAAGUUGAAGGGCUUGGAAUGCACACUGAUAUGAGCUGCGUGACAAUUGUGUGUCAGGACGAGAUUGGAGGGCUUCAGGUGAGAUCAAAGGAAGGGAAAUGGAUGGACAUAAGCCCAUGUGAAGAUACUCUGGUAGUGAACGUUGGAGAUUUAAUGCAUGCAUGGAGCGAUGGCAAGUUGAGGUCAUCUGAACACAGAGUUGUUCUGAAGAGAUAUGCUAAUCGAUUUUCUUUGGCUUUCUUUUGGUGCUUUGAAGAUGAGAAAGUUAUUUUUGCACCCAAUGAAGUGGUUGGAGAAGGAAAUUUCAGGAAGUACAAGCCGUUUGUUUGCAGGGAUUAUUUGAAAUUCAGAGAAAGUAGCGAGAAAGGUAGGUUUGAUAAGGUUGGGUUCACUGUCAAAGAUUUUGCAGGAAAUGGGUGACACAA